CAUGACUGUUAUCAUUAUCUUAUGAUCGGUUAACGGAAAAAAACAUAUAAAUGGUAAAUUGUUUAUUUGUUUUUGUUACUCUUGUUAAUAGUUGUUGUCUUUGUUAUUGUAAUUGUUUUGUUAUACAAGUGGUGCCAACACUUUGUCGAUUUCUCCAGAUAAAAGUAAAUAUCAAUGAAUAAAUAAAAUAAAUAAAUAAAGAAAAAAAAAACAAUUAUCAAUCUGUGGUACGUGUCUAAGAAAAAAAAAAAGAUCAACAGAGAAAAUAAUAAUCAAUACGAAAGAAAAAAAAAGAAAAAAGAAAAAAAUGAAAAAUGACACCAAGUAACUAGGAAAAAAAAAAAAAUCCCUUUACCUCAUAUAAGUGUUUGAAAAAGUAAAAAAGGAAAAAAAAAAGUGUUGUGUCACAAGAUUGAGGAAAUCGCCGACUCACGAUGAAUGGGCGUGGUUUGUGGGCGUGUUGGGCGGUUUGCUUCGUGGUCUUCCUCGCCCAACCGCCCCUCACGAGUCAGCUGCCGGAUGUUAUCAAAAUAGGCGGCCUCUUCGAUGUCGGGGACGUGAACCAGAAGCUCUCGUUCCAGAGCGCCUUCGAGAGCGUCAACGCUGGUCUGCGGCGAACGUCCUUCCAGCCGAUCAUAAGGGAAAUUCCCCCGGGCGACUCGUUCCACGCUUCGAAGAAAGUAUGCUCCUACGUGCGUGCGGGCGUGGCGGCGAUCUUCGGUCCUCAGUCGGAACGCGCCUCCGCCCACGUCCAGAGCAUCUGCGACGCCCUCGAGAUCCCCCACAUCGAGACGCGCUGGGAUUACCGAGCGAGGCGAGAGCAUUACUCGAUAAAUCUGUAUCCUCACCCGUUCUCGCUGAGUAAAGCUUACUUCGAUCUCGUCCGGGAGUUCGAGUGGACAUCCUUCACGAUCCUUUACGAGGACAAUGACGGCUUGGUUCGCCUCCAGGAGCUCUUUAAGGUGCCGCCCAAGAAGUACAAGAUCACCUUAUUACAGCUGCCUGAUCACAGGGAUUACAGGGACGUGCUGAGGAAGGUCCUGAUCAGCUCGGAGUACAACCUCAUCCUUGACUGCAAGACGGAGAACGUGGAGCGAGUGCUGAAGCAGGCGCAGCAGGUCGGCCUCAUGACGGCGCUGCAUAGUUUCCUCAUAACGUCGCUAGACCUGCACUUGGUCGACCUCCAAGACUUCAAGUACAGCGGCACGAACAUCACGGCCGUCCGCUUGGUCGACCCCGAGCGAGGAGAAGCCAGGAAGUUCAUGUACGAGUGGCGUAUGAAGGUGAGGCCUCGGGUUUGCACUCUCUUUCCGACAUUUAAAUCCCAAGCUCCUGCCUUCCCUCAGACCGAAGCCAUGCUGAUGUACGACGCAGUGAAGCUGUACGUCAUGGCGAUCCAGGCGCUGGACAACUCGACGUACGUGCAGAUAACGCCUCUCAAGUGCGAGCUGGAGGGCGGUUGGAUUCAUGGCAACUCGCUCAUCAACUACAUGAAAAUGGUACGUCAAGCAACUAACUUAGGAAAGAUAAAAUUCCUAAAAACCCGAAGUUCACGUAGAGCCUCCCCUCCCCCGCCCCCUCCCAGAGGGCAGACUGCAACCACUGUAUAUGAGAGCAAUUGCAACCCCCAUAAACCUAAAGAUUCAAUUCCAAAUGCAUUGUCGAAUUCCCCGCGCCACCACCUCACGCGCCUCCUCCUCCCUUCCCGCCGGCAGAACGACCCGUAUAUCAUGCUCAGGGAGAGUUCGGAGCGGCUCAGUGGCAAUGACCGCUUCGAGGGCUUCUGCAUCGACCUCCUCAACGAAAUCGCCGAGAUCCUCAAGUUCAACUUCGUCCUCAUCCCGAUCAAGGCCUACGGCUCCAGGAACGCCACCACGGGGGAGUGGAACGGCAUGAUCAAGGAGCUGCUCGAAGAUCGCGGCGACAUGGCCGUCACGGAUCUCACCAUCAACUUCGAGCGCGAGGAUGCCGUCGACUUCACGAUGCCGUUCAUGAACCUCGGGAUUUCUAUUUUGUACAAGAAACCCCAGAAGAUGGCGCCUUCCCUCUUCUCCUUCCUGUCGCCUUUGUCAAUUGAAGUCUGGAUUUACAUGAUAACAGCCUAUGUGGGCGUGUCCAUCGUUAUGUAUAUUCUUGCCAGGUUCUCGCCGUACGAGUGGCAGAACCCUCACCCGUGCGACCCCGACCCCGACACGCUGGAGAACCAGUUCACUAUCCUCAACUGCCUGUGGUUCGCCAUCGGCUCCCUUAUGCAGCAAGGCUGUGACUUCCUUCCACAAGCUGUAUCGACCCGCAUGGUGGCCGGCAUGUGGUGGUUCUUCACUCUGAUCAUGAUUUCGUCGUACACCGCUAACCUCGCCGCCUUCCUCACCGUCGAGCGCAUGGAAUCCCCGAUCGAGUCUGCUGAUGACCUCGCCAAGCAGACCAAGAUCAAGUACGGACUGAAGGAGGGAGGAACCACCUCGGUCUUCUUCAGAGACUCAAAGAUCCCGACCUACAAGCACAUGUGGGACACCAUGAAUAAGUACAAGGAGAUGGGCGAGAACGUGUUCACGGGCUCUAACAAGGAAGGAGCCACUCGGGUGUCGAAAAGCAACGGUCUGUACGCCUUCUUCAUGGAAUCGACAACCAUUGAGUAUGUGAUCGAACGUGAAUGCGAUUUGACUCAAGUUGGAGGUCUUCUGGAUUCGAAAAGUUACGGCAUUGCUCUUCAGCCAGGUUCCCCCUACAAAGGUGUCCUGGACGUGGCCAUUCUCACGCUCCAAUCCAGAGGCAGAUUUCACACAUUAAAAGAAAAGUGGUUUAGACAAAAGAGAGGCGGUGGUAAAUGUAAGGAAGAAGCGGGCGGCAGCAGUAUGGCGAGUGAGCUCAACUUACCCAACGUGGGCGGUGUUUUCGUCGUCCUCAUCGGCGGAAUGGGCCUGGCGCUGGUCGUGGCCCUCGGGGAGUUCGUCCUCUACUGCUGGGAGAUCUCCAGGGAGGACGAGAAAUCGUUAAUAUCAGUCCUGAGUGAGGAGUUAUGCUUCGUCUUCCAAUGCAAAGGGUCGACGAAACCCGUGAGGAAGAAAGCGGAAUCCGAGACGGCGGCCGUGGACAACAUGUAUGGGUCUGACGUGUACAACUGCAGCGGCAGAAAUCCACUUACCUGAUUACCGGAAGUGGCGUCAGCCUAUGACGUCACAGUCGACCAUCACCCCGACCAAUGGCCGAUUCCUUGCUACGAGCCCCCGCCCCCUUCACCCACCUGAAUGCAUCGACGGUCGACCAGAACACAUCCAUGCUCAGUCAGACCUCAUCCACUGUCGCCGGCUAGGAUUUCUCCUCCUCGUCCUACUUCACGCCGGACCGAAAGCCUUCACACUCGCCCACGACAGACCCGAGCGAGGACCCGCCGAGACCGCGGCGUGGGGCAGCGGAAGAGCUUGUAGCGGCGGGAAUUCCGGAGACUGCCUGGCGCGUUGGCGGCUGGACUCGGCUUGCUUGCUGCGAGGAGCUGCGGACUUUGGGGUGUGAAUUGUACUUCAUAGAUCUGUGUAUAUUAUGCAUAAAUACAUACACACGUAGAUACACAUGUAUGUAGUGUAUGCAUAUACAAUUUUUACUUUUAUUGUAUAAACUUCUAGGUCUUUCCCCUCGAACUUUUGGAAGAGUUCGAGGACUUUAACUGGAUCUGAGGCCUACAAGUUCCAUUUUAUAUAUACACUUUUUGACUCUACUCAUUUAGAUAAGUUAUGAAAUAAUCUACCAGACAUGUUACCAGGUUUGUUUGAUGUUACUGAAAUGUCGGUACAGAAGUUCAUACACUGUUUGGGAGAUAAGUGUAAGGCGUUGUCUACAGUAUCUUGUUUUUGAAUAUAUUUGAAAUCACGAUCAGUAUUUUACACAUAGGACUAUUUCGCGUAUUUUGUGGCGAAAGCUGUUGUAUAUGGCAAGUCAUAUAUCGCGGGCACGUUUGAAAAGUUCACCGAUCUUGUAGUAGUACCUUUACAAUUAUAUAUUAUCUUGAAAGUGACUCGCAACAUCGGAUCUCGGGUUUUUGUGAACUCGUAAUGAAGCCGUACAUAUCAGAACUCGUUAAAAAGUUGUUUUGAAGAAGAUCCUGAUGUGCUAUAUUCACAAUGCCCGUAAUUUUACCUUACGACACGUGGCAUGGAAACAUUUCCUUUUUCUGUGUUUUUGGAGGCAUGAACUUCAGAAUUUACGCGAGGGGAAUGCUAAUUGCGUCUCUUACCAUAUCCAGUAGCUAGCCUGAAUUACACUCACGAACAAAACUUGCAUAUACGUACACUGUUUUUUCUUCUUUUUUUUUUAUAACUUCCGUGUGUAAUUACACUCAACACAGUUAUGAAACUAGAUGUGUGCACAUGCUCUGAGAAUGUAACGAUUGGUUUAAUUACAACAUAGACUGGACAGUUAUAUUCAUACCGAUUUGCAAUGCCUUCUUCGAUGUUAUCGGUAUUAGUAAAAAUUAUAAUAAUAUAAAUAAAAUAAAAUAAAAUAAAACAAA